AUGCAUUACGCUCUACUAUUCCACAAUUCUGUGCAUUUGUCACCGAAUUUUCUAAUUUAAUAUCUCCUUCUGUAGCAUUCACGCUUUUUUGAUUCGGUUUCUUCUUUCUAGGGUUUAACAGUACCAGCAGUUCAUGGAGGAGGAACCAGUGGUGUCGGGAACGGCGAAUCGCCGUACGAAACGAACGAGAGUUCAAACUAGGGUUAACGAGGAGAAAAAUGUGAAUGAGGAAGAGAGAGAAGAAUCGUCCGACGAUUUUGAAGAAUCUCGCGGUAGAGCUAAGCGGAGUAAGGCUGUUGGAGGCACUUCAGCUGCUGCUUCUGGAAAUGCUCAUCUCAGUUUAAUUGAUGUUGUCAAAGGUGAUAGGAGACAAAUUCCUCUAGUGGUCAAGCAUUGGGUGGAACACUAUGAGAAGAACCCGAAAGCCGCAAUGGCUGUACUCUUGAGCAUGAUGUUUGAGGCAUGUGGAGCAAAAUAUCAUAUUGAAGAAGAUUUCUUGGACCAAACUGAUGUUGAUGAUGUAGUAGUUGCUCUUGUAAACAUGGCUAAGAGGGGUGAAGUUGAAGAUUAUCAAAGUUCAAAAAAGAAGGACUUCAAUAACUUCAAAGAUAACCUUGUCUACUUCUGGGAUACUUUGGUUGCUGAAUGUGAAAAUGGACCACUUUUUGAUAAGGUCUUGUUUGACAAGUGCAUGGACUAUGUGAUUGCACUAUCAUGCACCCCUCCUAGAGUAUAUCGUCAGGUUGCUUCAUUAAUGGGGCUACAACUUGUUACAUCCUUUAUACACGUCGCCAAAGUUCUUGGUGCGCAGCGCGGAACCACUCAGAGGCAGCUAAAUGCUGAAAAGAAGAAGAAAGUGGAUGGGCCUCGAGUUGAAUCACUAAAUAAAAGAUUAUCCUUGACCCAUGAAAAGAUAACAAUAAUAGAGGAGAUGAUGCGGAAGAUAUUUACUGGGCUAUUUAUGCACCGUUAUCGAGACGUCGAACCGGAUAUCAGAAUGGCAUGCAUACAGUCAUUGGGUGUUUGGAUCCUGUCAUACCCCUCCCUGUUUUUGCAGGAUUUGUAUUUGAAAUAUCUUGGAUGGACAUUGAAUGAUAAAAGUCAUGGUGUAAGGAAGGCUUCAGUCCUUGCACUGCAAAAUCUUUAUGAGGAGGAUGAUAAUGUUCCAUCUCUUGGCCUUUUCACGGAGAGGUUUUAUAAAAGAAUGAUCGAGCUUGCUGAUGAUGUUGAUAUUUCCGUGGCAGUAUGUGCUAUAGGACUUGUGAAACAACUGAUAAGACAUCAACUUGUUCCCGAGGAAGAAUUAAGUUCAUUAUAUGAUUUGCUAAUUGAUGAUCCACCAGAAAUCAGGCGUGCCAUCGGAGCACUAGUGUAUGAUAACCUGAUUGCCCAGCGAUUGAACAGUUCACAAUCUAGUUCAGGGGAUAAUACUGAUUCUUCUGAGGUUCAUCUGAGUAGACUGCUGCGCAUAUUGAGAGAGUUCUCAAAAGACGAAAUGCUGAGUAUGUAUGUCAUUGAUGAUAUCUGGGAGUAUAUGGAUGCCAUGAAAGAUUGGAAGUGUAUCCUGUCUAUGCUCUUGGAAGAAGAGCCAUCAGCUGAACUAAGUGAUGUAGAUGCGACAAACCUAAUUCGGUUGCUUUCUGCGUCAAUUAGAAAGGCAGUCGGGGAGAAGAUUGUUCCUGCUAGUGAUAAUAGAAAACAAUAUUACACUAAAGCACAAAGGGUGAGAUUCUUUAGUUCUUUUGGUUGAUACUCUCUGAGACGC